CUUCGAAAAACAGCGCGGAAGAGUUGAAGUAUCACAUUCAAACCUUACCAUACAUGAUGUAUAGCAACAAAUAUGGAUGACCCAACUGAGGAAAUAGCAGACGGAGAUGGCAGCCAUCUUGAAAAUGGUGGACCAUCUGUAGCUGAGCAAGCAGACUUUAACCAAGGUUUCAUGCUCAUAACUGGCAAGAACCACCUCCCAAGAUACCCUCCUACUAUAUCCCUCAUCGAGGAAAGUGAAUAUAAUUCAGCUAAUCAAAAGAUAGAUGUCAGGUCACAAAAAGACACCAAACAUACAAAGAAUGCAUCUUCGUAUCAUUCUAUCAUUCCAAAACCUAAGUCACCUCAAAAUCAUAUCAGUGCUGCAGAUCAUGAAAGUGCCAAUGAUCUUGAAAAUUUAACACUUGAUAAAGUGGAAAAUGAAUCUCCUGAUAGAUUAGAAACAGUCCCUCCUGAUGUUGUCCCUGAUGCGAAUGAUAAUGAUGUCUUAAAUACCAAAACCAAUGACACUCCUGGUGAAAACCCAAAUGAACUUUCUGAAGAUCUUCCUCCUCUAAGUGAAACUAAUGUUGUUUAUAAUGAUGAAUAUAUUUUUGAUGGAAAUGACCUUCCUGAAGAUGUCACACAUUUAAAAACUGAAAAAGAACAUGUGGAUGGUUUUGAUGAAGCAAUAAAUAAGGAUGAAUCUCACAGUGCCAAGGAUAUUAAUCUCACAGAACAAAUUCAGGCAGAUAUUAAUGAACAUAUGAACAGUGUUAAUGAUGAACUUAGAAUUGAAACAUCAAACUCAACAGAAGGUGCAAAAACUGCAGAUGCGAAUGAUGCACAGAUUGGAGAAAGUGUCAUUGAGAUGGUACAAGAUGCUGGAAUUGACAAUGAGGACUUGGAAAGGGGGAAGUUCUUAUGCUGGGGAAGUGGGGAAUUUUAUCAACAUUGUCACAAAAAUGAGAAAGAUGUUGGUGGCCAUGAUGGUAUUGUGGAGCAGUUCAGCAGCAAAUAUGGGUCAAGAAUCCGAUUGGUCUCCUGCGGAUCUAGUCAUAGUAUUGUUGUAACAAAUGGUGGAGACAUCUAUGUUUGGGGCAAUGGGAACAGUGGACAACUUGGUUGUGGAGAUACGAGGCCCAGAGAGAAACCAGAAAAAGUACGACUCUAUUCGAAAAAGUCAAAGAAUACGCCACAAGUAUGUCAAGUUGCAUGUGGAGGGCGCCACACAUUCAUUGUCAUGGAGAAUGGUCACAUGUUCAGUUUUGGCAAUAAUUUUUAUGCUCAACUUGGAUAUGACUUCAGGAUCAAAAAAUAUAAAAGCAAUCAGGUGAAGCCUAUGCUUUUAGAGACCCUAACUUACAGGCCUGUGAGGCAGGUUGCUUGUGGGGAGAAGCACACUCUGAUUCUAUUCAAAGAUGGAGCUGUGGCUACUCUGGGGAACAAUGCGUUUGGCCAGAUAGGCACAGGAGACAGAGAAGAAGCUGUUGUUCCUAAAAUCCUGGAUGAACUCCGGGAAAUCAAGCAUAUUGCCACGGGGGCCAAUCAUAACAUCAUCGUAGAUGAUCUUGGCACUGUAUUUGUGUGGGGAAGUGGAAAAGGCUGUGGGAGCAAAGCAAAGGACAUUCUGGAACCUGAAGAGCUGAUAUGGCCCAAUAAACGGAGGAAUAUAAUUGCAGUGGCUGCUGGCCAGUCUCAUAGCAUGGCGCUUACGGGUAAUGGCAAUGUGUACACCUGGGGGUCAGGAGUAGAAGGUCAACUGGGUCAAGGUCACAGGGUGAAGUUUCUCAUGCGACCCAGGAUGAUAAGUUGCCAAGAGUUACGCCAUUGUGUUACACAUAUCGCCUGUGGUGACAUGUACAGUGCUGCUGUCACAGAAGCUGGUCAUCUGUACAUGUGGGGUAAGAACAGCCACACAAUCAAUGCAGCAAGGCCAACAUCCGAGAAAUAUUUCUCUCCUGUCCUUGUCAAUCUUGGCAGCCAUCUUGUAUCACAUGUGUCAUGUGGGGCGUGGCAUGCAGCAGCCAUUACAGGAAAACCGGUUUGGGAGAAACUCAACACAGACUCUGAUAGUGAUCAGGAUGAGACAAUUCAACCAGUACCCCCUGAGCUGAGCAGUGAUAGGAGAAUAUUGACAUCUGAUCAAAAAAGUACCUCCCCUGAUCAGUGGGAGACAUGUAGCGAAUUGACUGCUGACACCGAAUCUGAUGUAGCAUUGCCAGAAGGUCUUCAGCGUGAAAAGACUACGAUGACAUUAGCAGAGUUCUAUGCCCCAACCCCACAAUGUGAGAGUAGAUUGCAGACAGGUAUACCAAAGACUCCCGAUUUCAUCCCAAAAACUCCAAUGAUACGUGAAGAGUCCAAAACAUAUGAACACGAUGAGGAUGUUAGGGAUGCAACACAAGUCCUGGUGGUCACACAUGCACCAGUACCCGAAUCUCCUGAGUUAGAACCUCAUAUCCAAGAAGAGGAGACUGAAUAUGAUAGACAAGACAAACAAGUGGGCGAUACUAUUGAUGCUGAGAAACCUAGAUCAAAAGUUAGUUUUGAGAAUCCAGCUGAAAAUGUGCCAAAGCCAGCUCUUGUAAAUACUGAUGCACCAAAUGCACCAACAGUGCAUGUACCAGCAUGGGGCUUCCAAAGAUCUAAAACAUUCAUGUCCAACCCAAGUGCCAUAAAACAAAUGAGUGAAACACUGGCUGAUAAAUUUUCUGUGCCAAAAGAAAAAACAAUGAUUGGAGGUAACUUCAAAAAUAUUGAUUUCUUAUCCGUUGAAUCAAUUAUGGGCAAUAAACUUCCUUCAGGCCCGAACAGUGGCCCAUUUGACACAUCAAAGAAAUCAGGUGGACCAAAGGCUGGGAGAACUAAACUGAGAAGACCUCAGAAGAGUAACAUGCUGAACAAGGCGCCCGACAUAGAUGGUUCUAUCAAUAGGCCUGCUUUAAUGAGAUCUAGAACACAUGGGCCAUCAAUGGUUGCCUCAGAAGCAUCAUCAACCUGGUCAAAGAAUGCAUCAGAUCCAUCGAAUAGAAAGUCAGGCUCGAAGUCCACAGGAUCAUCGCCAUUUCAAUUAAGAAGGCAAGUGACCAUUCCACCAAAGCAUGCACAGCCCAAGCUGCAGUUACCAGCAAAACGUUACUCUAAGCCAAUGUAUUCAAGUGGUACAUCAUGGCGAGAAAAGAAAGAUAGAAACAUUUUAGGAAGUGCACCAUUGUCAAAACAAUCAAUCCAGCAUCCUGCUAAAGAUUCAAAUGUAACAAGUGCACCAAUUUUAGGCAGGACUGAUACUACAAAAACAAAGGAACUUGGUGCAAUUGAUGGUAUGGCUGUAAAGAAACAAGGUGCUGAAGUUACUUAG